UACGAAGCCGAAGGGAAGUCUUGACUGAUCUUGUGUUGACUGACUGUGUUGUGUGAGACUGUGAGCUUGGUGGCUGAAAAAGAGUGAAAAGGACCUUGUCGUUGUCGCUGUUCCAAAUGAAUCUCUUCUUCCGCUCAUCUUGUAUUGAAUACCAAGACCUGGGUGUUCAGGCAUAGAUCACCUAAUGCCCUGUUCAGUGAGAGAUGUGGAGCACUGAGUAGUACCUUUUUUUUGUAGACCUCAGAUAAGGAUUUGGGAUCACUGCAAAGUAUCUUCCAGUUCUGCUGUCUUCUGUUUUUGUUGCGUUGUGAACGCGAUAACAAAACUGCAAACAACCGUGCGACUUCAGAAUUGAGCCGCCAUGAAGAAGGUCAACAAGCAGCUUGGUAUGCUGCAGCGUGCUGGAGCUGAGAAGCUAGGACGGGCGGAGAAGUCAGUCGAGGAGUUGCCGGAUCAUAUUUCAUUGGUGCAGCGGCAUCAUGAAGUGACCCGCACCAGCUGUGAGCGUGUACAGAAGAAACUAAGCAGCAGCUUCCAGGGCUCCGGCAGCGAGUACGAGAAAAGAGUGAGAAAGCUCCCUCAGACUGCGCUAGCAAACUGUCUUCAUGAGGCCAGUGCUGAGAUGGGCACCACGCCGCUCGCUCAAAUCCUGGACUUAUGUGGUGAUGUGACGCAGCGUAAUGCUAUGCAAAGUGCUUGCCUAGAGUUACUUGUGGAGGAGGAGAUCAUCAAUCCGUUAAACCAAUACUUGGAGCAUGAUGCCAAUGCUCUCGAAAAGCUUUUCAAGAAGCUGCAAAAGGGCCGUCUGGAAAUGGACAGUGCUGCAAGCAGGGUGCACAAGUUUGAGAAGCGACCUGCUGGAACACCAACGCCGGAGCAGGAAGAGAAACGCCUGCGCUUUGAAAUGGAACAGACCGAGUCCAAAUUCCACAGUUUGCAGAGUCAGUACGUUACAGAUCUGCUGGAAGUCUCCUCCAAGGAACAUGGCAUGGCAUCAAACUUUGUGUCCAUGAUGGAACAUCAAAUUCGCUUCCACGAAGAGUGCCUAUCGCGUCUCAAUCAAACGGUGCCACGGAUGCGUGAGAUCAUCGAUCACACUCCGUUCCGUCCGUCGUUCGGUGUCGAUCUUGCCACUCACUGUAGUGUGAACGGCAAGAAUGUGUCGAUGGUCAUUGAGAACUGCUGUGCUGCGCUACUACCGCACAUUGAAGAAGAAGAGGGUUUGUUUCGCUUAGCCGGUUCAGUGUCGCAGGUCAAGAAACUCAAAGCACACAUCGACUACGGACUGUUGGACUUCUCUGAGGUGUCCCCGCACACAGUGGCAGGUGUUCUCAAGUUAUAUCUGCGAGAACUGCCUGACCCACUGUUCACAGAAGAACGCUACGAGGAUUGGAAGGGCAUCUCUUUAAUGCCCGACUCGCAACACAAUGAGAAGAUGCAGCUAUCGUAUCAAUACCUACAUCAACUCCCCGACGUCAACUAUGCAAACAUCAGAUACCUCAUGUGUUUCCUGAACAAGAUGAGCCAAUAUCAAGAAGCAACCAAGAUGGGUGCAAGUAAUCUUGCGCUUGUGAUCGGCCCCAACUUGUUCGUCAACAAUCAAAAUGCUGAUGCAUGUAUGCAUGACACCGGUCCACUAUGUACCCUGGUCGAAUCCAUCAUCACGCAUGCUGAGUACUUCUUUCCUGAAGGCUGUGAAGUAAAUGAAGUAAUACCCAGUAUCUUCUCCACCGACACACUGACUACGUUAGAAAGCUCAUGCCCCACUCGACCGAGAUUCGACACGUCUGCGUCGGGAGCUGGCGUCCACCAUAUGACUAUGGCCACCCCGCCGGUUACGAACGGGGACUCCUUUAUCGCCGAAGGUGAUGAGAUAAGUCUGGAAUCUGUUCAGGUAUCUCCAUCCCAGGAUCAAAUGCACGUUAUCACACUCAGCUCCGACACAAGGGUACAAGCCUCUCCCAGAGAUGGCCUAGCCAGAGCUCAGGAAGGUUUCCACAAAGCCUCGCAAGAAGGUCUCCAGAAGGCCUCAAACUCCAGUGGUCGGGGUCGUGUGAUGAGCAGUGCCACCAAUGCUGCGUCAUCGGCAGUUUCCAGUCUUCGCAGCAAACUGAUGCAGAAAGAUAAAGACAAGGACAGGGAGCGGGAUCGAGGCGAUCGAGGUGAACGUGUUGAGAAGCCAGAGCGGCCUGAGAGGCGACAACCGCCUACCUCACCUCCGUCUCGUUAUUCACCAUCCCCGGCUACAUCUCCACCGGCAGCACAAUCACCACCAUCAUCAUCAUCAUCAUCAUCAACAACAACAUCAACAAGUUCCCAACCAACUAAACCGCUAGUGCCGCAGCCUAAUCAGCCUCAUCCGAGUAGAAAUAUCUCCCCUACUCAAUCAGAGCCAACAUCACCUCCGCCGCAAGGAUCACAUCCCCCUGGGCGUCCCCCUCCUACAACUCGAACGUCUUCGUCUUCCUCUAUGUCGCCACAGCAUGCCCCUCCAGCGCGUCCCUCCACCCGUCCGCCCGUUCCUAACCGAUCUCGUACAACCACAGCGUAGCCAGCAAUGUGGCGUUGUUGCGGUCAAUCGUCGUAUUGUGUGUGUGUGUGUGUGUGUGUGUGCGCGCGUGCGUGUGUUUGUUUGUGUGUGGCCAUGUAUGCACGCCAUGACAUGCCUCGCUGAUGUCGUCCCCGGUCAGUUGCUAUUUACCUGUGUACGCUUUUUCUCUGUGUGUGGCGGUGUAUUUUAUCCUUGCCCUGCUCCCUGUGUAUAUAUUAACUGAUGUGCCUCUCAACUCUCGAGAUGCACGCUGUGGUGUCUGGGCACAUGUGUGCGUGCGUCUGUUUUCAAGUUUUAUAAAGCGGCAUUGCGCGUUGAUUCCUGUACAUAGAUUGUUUUCGACUCGUCACCGCACAUGCUCUCUGAUACUUCAACAAGGAUAGGUGUUUCGUAACUGGCCAUUCUCGCCGCUCUUGUCCUGCAGCUUCUGGGCACUCUUUACGUUCGAUUUUGAUUUUUUGAGCAAUUUAUAGCAAUAAGGCUUGAUCACACUUUCUAUAUUAACGUUAGGCGUGCGUUUUGCUCUUUGAUCGUGGCAAAGCUAUAUGCGAUCAUUUUUGUAAGGCUAUACAGUAUCCCGUUUCUUAUGCGUACGACCAGAAACCCUGGGAGUACCCAACGGCCGUUUUACCUGUUUCUCUUCUGCGGCCGGUUCAGUUUAUAAUUAUUUAUACCCACUUCUGGUCCCAUGGUGGGCUCGGAAAUUGUGCGGUGUUUGACGAUGUGUCAACUAACGUA